GAAAUAAACGCUUAUUUAUUAUUGAUGUGAAAUGGAGCUACGUUUGUGCAGAUGCUCUAAUUUUUGUAUUCUACUUAUAAUAUCAUUGCAAAUUAUUUUUGGCGUUAUAGUUUUAUUACAUUGCUCAUCAUGUGUGGAUACUUCAAACAAGGUUGAAGACAAUUUCAAGGUUGAAGACAAUUUCAAGGUUGAAGACAAUUUCAAGGUUGAAGACAAUUUCAAGGUUGAAGACAAUUUCAAGGUUGAAGACAAUUUCAAGGUUGAAGACAAUUUCAAGGUUGAAGACAAUUUCAAGGUUGAAGACAAUUUCAAGGUUGAAGACUACCAAGAAGCAACCGAUAGCAAACUCCUCAUAUCAAACACACCUACACCUGUCGUACAUGAAAUUGAUAUGAUAAAUGCUUAUGAACCUUAUGUAGAUUUUAAACUAGUUUAUCCCGAUGUACAACCAAAAACGACAAGUACAAAAAAUUUAUUUUUAGUCGUUCUUGUCAAUUCCGCUGCGAGUGAAGAAGUCAACAGAAAUCGCAGGUCAAAAAUCCGCGAAACUUGGGCGAGCAAAUCGUUAUGUGAGACAUCAAAAAAUGAGUUGAAAUGGAUCGUGGUGUUCGUGUUGGGAUUAGUUGGAAACUUGGAAGAUAAACGAAAUAUCGACGAAGCCAACACUUACAACGAUGUCAUCGUUGGUAAUAUAAGCGAUAAUUAUUUUAACAAUAUUUUAAAAUUUUACAUGGGCCAAAUGUGGGCUUCCCUCAAUGGUGCCAAAUACACGUUGAAGACAGAUGAUGACGUUUAUAUCCGCAUCCCCAAAGUAAUUGAAUACAUCAUUUCAGAAGGUUAUCCGUCGAAAUUUUAUGGUGGUGAAACAUAUCAUGGGUCGGUUGUUGCCAGGUGGCCUGGUGGAAAGUGGAGUAUAAGCAAGAAGUACUUUCCCGAAGAUGUAUUUCCACCAUUCAAUGCUGGUGCUUUCAUACUUUGUUCUACAGAUCUAAUUGGCCAUCUUAUUAACUAUGUUCACAUAAGAAAACCAUUUCAUACCGAUGAUGCUUAUAUUGGUGUUGCUAUGAGGGAUUUGAAUGUGAAAGUCAUCAAUAUAUUGUCAUUUGCACUUGAUAACAGUAUGGCUGCUUUGAUACACACUAAGGAAGAUUGCUAUAUGUUAAAAAUAAUUGCAUAUGGUCAUAGUCUUGGAGUUGGAGCUAUGGAUCAUAUUCACAAUAGACUUGAAAGUUUAUGCAAAGCAAAUUUUACUAUCAACUCCAUGAAAUGUACUUAAUUAGCAUUUAAGUUGACGGUGACUUCAAGGUUCAGGUGUUUGGGAAAGAUUUUGUGAGUUAAAGAUGUAAAAAGCAAGUUGAUGGAUUGACAGAAGUCAUCAUUGGAGUUGGGUGAAGAAAUAGAAAAAAAAGUUGUCUGUUAUUUUGCAGAUAUGAGGGAAUACUGGGAGUUGCUGAACUGAAGUUAUGUGGUGACAAAAGUAAUGGAAUUUAAUGAGACAAGCAAGAAAUAACAAAGCGAUUGAAGAAGGAAAGCAAAAGCUUUAGUUUUGAAAGAAAGUCAUGAUGAAUAAACUGAUACAGAGCGUGGUGAGAGUAAAAAAAGACUGCUGACAAAGUGAGGUGAACUGUGCUCAAUCAUGUCAAGUGAACUGCGAAUCAUGAAAGUGAAUUUGGUAUUUUCAAGCUUAGUCAAACAUUAUUGUGCACGUUUUUGGGUGCAACAUCUUUAAAACGAGCUUUUGGACAGUGUUUUGAAACGUUAAC